AUGGCGGAUCCAUAUAAGAAAAACCUAUCGGAGCUGCUAGAUGGAAAAAUAGAUCCGGAAGAUGAUGAAGAAGCCACAAAAAAUUCUUCACAGGAUGCAGUUGAUCCGGCCUUAUGCAUCGAUUGCCAAAGGAUGCCCAAAGAGCUGUUUUGCGAAGACUGUGACGAACCAUUUUGCCGGGUGUGCUUUCAAUUCGCUCAUCGUGGGGGCCGUCGGAAAAAGCAUAACGUUGUCGUGUUGGUAGAAGAAGAGAAACCGGAAUAUGAAGAAACCGAGGAAGAAGAGGUCGAGGAGCAAGACAACAUCGACCCUGAGAACUCCUUGUUACAAUCGAAAGUAUCAUCUGGAGGUAUGUUUUCGGGAAUAUUUGGGACGAAGGAUCCUAGCAAAUUAGCGGCCGAGAAACGAAUCAUGUUGGGAAUCAAACGUAGUGUGAAGUUUAUUCCCAUGAGACUAAGCUACGCGGAAAGACAACAUUUUCGUUUACUUGAAGCGGCCUUGAACGUGUCCGAAUAUACAGAUCGAGUGGACGUUAUAUCAUAUAAAUCAAAGGCACGUCGAAUUGUACAGCAAUUGCGUGAGACCUGCUCAGUUUUGGCGGGACUUGUCGUUUCUUCUGACAUGAAGGUGGGACAGAAACUUAUCGAGGACAAGAAUUUUGCCGAUAAUGCUCAAUGGUACAAGGAUAUAUUUGAAAUUGGACGUAGAUACAAGAUAAUGAAUCCAGAGAGAAUGAGAGACACCUACGGUAAACUUUGCUAUAUGGUGAUGGACUCUAUGCUUCCCGAGAUUAGGCAGACCAUGGAAUUUGAUCUUUACAAGCCAGUAAAGACUGUUUACAGCGCUUUAAAAGAAGGUGGCGAAGGUUGUAUGAAUAUAUUGAUGGAUCCAUUGAUAAUUGAUGCCACAGCUGAAGUGAGACCUGAAGAUAAUACUCGGAGAAUGAUUAACCGGAUGAUUAAGCAAAAAGAAUCGGCAAUAGAGAAACUUGCAUCUAGAUAUUCCUCUCCUGACGGAAUUGGCAAGGAAGAAAUUCGGGUUAUACUAUAUUCGAUUGGAGACUUUAAUGCGUACACCAACAAAAAUCGUCUUCCCGUACUCAGAAUGCUUAAAAGACUAGAUAUAUAUAAGGAUGCAGGUUCGACAAAGUAUUCAUUGGGAAUUAGAAAUGGAAGUGGAGGAGCCAGAUUGACUCACGACCACGAAAAACAGUACUUGUACGUGAAACAGGCUUUAGCAUUGUGGUCCGGGGUGAUGAGGGAUCUUGUGGAACUAUGGGCAUAUGCGGACGAUGAUUUGUUUGAUGGUAAUAGAUACCAGAUUGCUGAUACAGGCCAGGGAUUCAAUAGGAUCAAAUCGUGCCCAAAAGUUUACAAAAAAAUGUACAAUAUCUUGGGGGAAGUUCAAAGGAAGUUCGAAUACUGGGUGGGAAUUCCGGUGAUUCAUUUAGGAGAUGAUGCUGUUCCUAAUGCACUCUUUUUCUUGGACAAGUACAUUCAGAUCCCGUCAAUUCUCAUUCCAAUUGAUAGAACGGUGCGAGAGAUUCAGAAGAUGGCAAGUAAUGAUGAUCACGUUAGAAAAUACAUCGAGUCGCAGUUUGAUACAGCGGAUAACCUCCGAAAGACAAUCUUGUGCGACUACUUCAAGCACGGAUUUGACGGCUCUGGCGCUGACAAUUACUACUUCGCCGGAUCCUGUGUGGACGCUACUUCGACGUCUAGUUGCGAGUUCUGCAACCAGAUCAACAAAAAGAACUACUAUAACUUCUUCCUUCUUGCCGGAUUCACAAACUUCAAUGGAGACGGUUACUGA